GAGCACAGGCACCACAUGGUGCACGGGCUGCAGGAGGCCGCCGAGCGCGGCCGGAAGUUAUUCCAGAAGAUCGCCAACACCCUGAAGAGGAAACUUGAAGUGGCUAAAAGCAUAUUGGCCGAUGAGCAGGAAAGAAUGGUGAUGAUUCAGGAGGAAGAGCAGAAUUUUAGAGAGAUGAUUGAGUCUGAAUAUAGGAUAAGGUUCCGGUUGAUGAUUGAAGAUGAGAUGAAGUUCUGGAGCCUGCCAGGGGCCGUGUCCAACCUGACCCCGAGAGAAGCCAGCCUGAGUCAGCUGAGCACGUGUGCCGCAGAGCUAAAGGAGAAGGCCCAGGAAACGCUCCAGGCAGGAAAGUGCGCCUUUAGAGAGAUGGUUGAAUUAGCAAAUGAGAGAAAUCCCCAGCUGUUCCAUACUAAUAAGGAGAUGUCCCCGCAGAAACUGAAAGAUUUGGCGAGAGAGAACAUGAAUAAACUGAAGGAGAGUGAAGUCAGACUUGCUGAUCAGGUCUGCAGCCUCCACAAGACCAUUGCAGAGCUAGAGAAGAAGUGUGGGCAACACCCGUCCACACUCCUCGAGAAUGCAAGGUCUUCUUUGGAAAGGAGCGAGGCACUGCUGCUUCAGUGUCUAGAGCCUGCCCAAAUCACAGACCUGAGUUCAUGCCAAAUAGCAGGAAUGAGCGAAGUGCUAAAAGGCCUCCAAAGACCUCUCACUCUGGAUCCUAACACAGCUCAUCCUUGUCUGGUCUUAGCCGAGGAUCUGAGAAGUGUGAGACUCAGAAAGGUCCAGCAGGCUGUGCCUGGUAACCCAGGGAGAUUUGACUUCAGUGCCACAGUGUUGGCUGCGCAGAGCUUCACCUCAGGGAGGCACUACUGGGAGGUGGAUGUGGACAAGGCAGCCAAGUGGCAGUUGGGCGUGUGCAGAGAUGGUGACAUGGCCCAUGCUUGUGGACAGAAAGUCUUACUCAUGGGAUGCGUGAUGGGAACCGACUACACCCUGUGGGCCUUUCCUCCCCUUCAAGGGGUCCACUCAAGAGAGCAGAUGCACCACGUAGGAGUUUUCGUAGAUUAUGAGUGUGGGCAGAUAGCAUUCUAUGAUGUGACAAAGGGAGCCCUCAUUUAUAAUUUCUCUUACCUUCCCUUCCAGGGAGCCCUCAGGCCUAUCUUCUCUCUUUGUAUCCCCAGUGGAAGCACAGAUUCAGACUCUCUCAGCCUCCGCCUCCCUCCUGUUUCAUCCUGUAAUAUUACUGUUGGCCCUCAGUCUUCCUUGGGGUAA